ACAUUUUUCAUUCAAGAGCAUUCAUAUCAUAGACCCUACAGCAAUAUCCACUUCCCAUAUCCCCAUUCAAAAUACAUUGGAGCCCUGUGAGAGCUGUGAUUGGUCUAAGUUAGCUGAUUAAGGUGCAUUAACCUACACAAGCAGCUACAGUAUACUUCCUCUAUAAGUGCAAGAGUUGGAAGAAGAAGAUGACCGGAAACAGAAAAAUGAAGAAAGCGAUUGCGAUCAGUAGUACUAGUACUGCGAGAAAGGUUGGUGAGUGCACGGUUGGACUGGUUGGGCGUGUAAUGGAUCUCGUAUAUCCUUACAGAAACAAAGUAGACGACCUCAACACCAAAACUGAGGAGUUAUUGGCAGCCCAAAAAAGGCUGCAAGAUUUUUAUGAUCACGAGGCCAAAAAAGAUAGUAAAAAACUCAAUCCUGAUGUUCAAAAAUGGCUAAGCACAGCUCCUGGGAUCGCUGAGGAGGCUAAGAAAUGGCUGCAACAAGCCGAAAGCAAAGCAAACUUCAGGUGUUUAAGUCUGUCAUUUCCGAAUUUGUCGUCUCGGCUUAAAUUAAGCAGAGAAGUAAUGGAUAUGGUGCAGAAAGUUACAAGUGAAAUUGAAAGGGAAAAGGAAUUUGAAAGCAUUUUCCACCGUCCCAUCAUACAAGUUUUAAUUGAAAACAAAGAGAACUAUAAGGUGUUUGAAUCAAGAAGCUCGAUUUCGAGGGAAAUUAUGGAGGCACUAAGAGAUCCCAAUGUUAGAGUGAUUGGAUUGUAUGGGAUGGCUGGUACUGGAAAAACCAUGAUGGCUGAAGAAGUUGCCAGACAAACAAGCUAUGAGAACCUAUUCAGUGAGUUAGUUAUGCUUACUGUGUCUCAAACCCGGGAUGAUGAAAGUCUUCAACAAAGAGCUGCAGAACAGCUGGAGCUUAAAUUUGAGGGAAGUGACUUUUCUGUAAGAGCAGAUGAGCUACGACGGCGGUUGAGACAAGGAAAGAAUGUCCUUACAAUCGUGGAUGAUGUGUGCCAAAGUUUUGACUUGGACGAUGCAGGUAUAUCUUUUCGGAAGUCUCAGAAGCAAUGCAAGAUAUUAUUGAUCUCAAGGUUUCGAGGUUUACUAUGUAACAUGGGGGCUCAAAAGAAUUUCCAUGUUGGAACUCUAUCCAAAAGUGAAUCGGUGAAAUUGUGUAACACAAUAGUAGGCGAUUCAGCUGAGAAUAUAGAGUUCCAACCUUUGGCAACCGAAAUUGUUGAGAAAUGUGCUGGCUUACCAAUUGCAAUCACUGAAAUAUUAGCCGAAGCAUUGGAUGAGAAACGUCGUCCUUCUUGGAGGAGCUUCUUGAAGGAGCUAAAAAUGUCCAAUAAUCCAGAUAACAUCAUUACAAGGAAUAAAACUAUUUCCCAAAGCACAAAGAUGAACUACGAAAAUUUAGAGAAUGAAGAAGCAAAGUCAUUGUUGUUGCUUUGUAGUCUAUUCCCAGAAGAUGCAAGUAUACCUAUUGAACGCUUGUUGAUAUAUGGAAUGUUUUUGGGCUUGUUUCAGGGCGUUGAAACUUUUGAACAGGCAAGAAGUAAGGUGCUUAUGGUUAUCGACGAUUUAAAGAAUCAUAGUCUAUUAAUGUGGGAUGUUAAUGACAGCAAAAGUUGCGUCAAAUUGCAUAAUGUCAUUCGGUAUUUUUGCCUACUGAUUGCAUCCAGAGAUAGGCGUUGGUAUGUUUUAAGAAAUGUUGAUGACGAGACAAUGGAAGAAAGCCUCGAGAAUAACGUUGAAAGAUUACAAGACCCAAUUGCAAUUUCACUCCUGUUUGACAACAUAAAUGUUGAUGUUGUCAAGCUUCCUGAAAGGUUGGAAACCCCGCAGUUGCAGUUGCUUUUUUGUGACUCCAAACAUGAAAAAGCUUUCCAAUUUCCAGAUCUCUUUUUCCAAGGAAUGAAAGAUGUUCGGGUUUUAGAUUUGAGCGGAGGUUUACAUGGAAACCAGCUCCCGUCGUCAUUUUGUCGUCUCGAAAAUCUCAGAGCCUUGUGUUUGAGAGGAUGCAAGUUGAGAGACAUAGCUUUGAUCGGAAAGCUCAAGAAUUUAGAAAUUCUCGAUCUGUCAUUCUCUAACAAUGUUGAGAAGUUGGGAAGAGAAAUUGCGAAACUGAUUCAACUAAGGUCGUUGAAUUUGAACUAUUGUUCCAAUCUUCGUGAGAUUCACCCUAAUGUCAUUCGUAGCUUGACAAGUUUGGAAGAGUUGACUGUGGCAAAUGGCUUUACAGAUUGGGAGGUUGAAGACGUAGAAAAGGGUGGUAGAAGCAAUGCUAGUCUUAGCGAGCUAAAGGAUUUGCAUCGACUUACUGCUUUAGAUUUAUGCAUUCCAGAUAUCGAUGCUUUGCCAGAAGAUAUCUUUAAAUUUAUUGGUGAGAAAUUGGAAAGAUAUUACAUUGUACUAGGAAUGCAUCACUCAGAGGCUAUGAACAUUGGUCUCCAUGAUCUAAAUGUUGCUUCAAGAGGAUUGGAGCUCAAUCUCUACCAAUAUGAAAAUGUAUUAGACAAGUAUGGCCUUCGAGAUUUGCUAAAAAAAGGAUGUGCUGUUAUAAGUUUAGACACACUAGAUGGUCACAUGAACGACAUUGUUGACAAAUUAGAUAAAGACAAUUGUUUAUCACAAUGUAAGCAUCUCCAAGUCAAACAUAGUUAUGAGAUUCGAUUCAUCGCUCGUGGUCCUUCUAGUGUGUUUCGAAGCCUGAAAUCUUUGUCUCUCAUCAAUUUGUGGAACUUGGAAAGUAUUUGUUGUGGAAAACUCACAUCGGAUUCAUUUGGCAAACUAAGACGAAUCCAAGUAAGCGAGUGUCAUAGUUUGAAGAAUAUCUUCCCAUUCCCCAUAGCAAAAAGGCUGCUUGAGGUAAUCGAGGUGUCUGACUGCAAGAAGAUAGAGAAGAUAUUUACGUACGAAGGGGAAGGUGAUGAUGCCCCUAGUGUUGACAAUAAUCAAGUCAUUAAGAUUGAGUUUCCUCGCCUGCGGGUGUUAAGGUUGAAAAAGUUACGGAACCUUCAACAGUAUUGCGCUGAGUCUGCAAUGACGGAGACAACUUCCCACCAUAUGCCUCUUUUCAAUCAAAAGGUUGUCCUCUCCAACUGUAAGGAAUUGCAAUUGCAAGGGAUCAAUAUUGAAUCAAUAUGGGGUACUGAUAAACUCGAAGGAAGAGGAUUUCAUAACUUGACAACACUGAUAGUGAAUUAUUGUCAUAAAAUAAAGACUGUAAUGCCAUCAUCUAUCGCUGCAAGUCUUGUGCAUCUGAGAAGAAUGAGAAUAAAUGAGUGCAAUGAGGUUGAAGAGGUAAUCGCAAAGGAAUCAGGAGAAAGAAGGCUGGGAAAGAAUUUGCUUCCUAAACUUGAAACUCUUGAGCUAUAUAAAAAUUGGAACCUCAAAACGUUUUAUGCAGGCGGUCACAUUGAAUGUCCAUCUUUGGUUGAGCUUCAAGUAAUUGACUGUUAUUACAUGAAGACCUUUAUAAAUGAUGUCAACUCGGUGGGUAAUGUUAGAAAAUCAUGGCAAUUGUUAGCCAUGAACAACCUAAACCCGAGACCAACACAAGACAAACCCGAGAUCAAGCAAGGUGCCUUAGCCGAGGGGUUACUUCCUUAGUUUGUUUUUGCAUUUCAUUUUGUAAUUUGUUAAAGCCAAUUUUUGUGUAAUCUAGGCUUGUUAAGUUGGUGCACAAAGACACCAAAAUGUCUUAAUUAAACUGAAGUAGCCAAAUUAGAGUUUUAGAAAAACUAAGCACCUUGAUGACAUGGAAAGCACCUUGUUGACAAGGAUGGUGACAUGGAAGCUAUUUGGUGACAUGGAGCUUAACCAUUCGGCUUCUCUUUCAUCCAAUGCAUGUAAGGACAUUUGUCAUCAUGCAUGAGGACUAUUUCACUAUGAAGUACUCAAUGAGACAGCAACACUUGUCAACACCUUACAAAGCAUGAGAUGAAAUAACCUUUACACAUGGUUUUACUUCACCAUGAAGGACUUGUAAAAUACUGGUGCUUAAA